GUUGCCGUGGCGCGGAGAACUCUGCAAAACAAGAGGCUGAGGAUUGCGUUAGCGAUAAACCAGUUCACGCCGGAGCCCUGGGAAGGAAGCGUCUCAGUUGGAUCCGGCCUCUCCGCGGGACUCUGAGGAAAAGCUACCACCAGGUAGACGCCGUCUGUCACCAUGGGUAAAGGAGACCCCAACAAGCCGCGGGGCAAGAUGUCCUCGUACGCCUUCUUCGUGCAGACGUGCCGGGAAGAGCACAAGAAGAAACACCCAGACUCUUCCGUCAAUUUCGCCGAAUUCUCCAAGAAAUGUUCGGAGAGAUGGAAGACCAUGUCUGCAAAGGAAAAGUCGAAAUUUGAAGAUAUGGCAAAAAGUGACAAAGCUCGCUAUGACAGGGAGAUGAAAAAUUAUGUUCCUCCCAAAGGUGACAAGAAAGGAAAGAAAAAAGAUCCCAAUGCUCCUAAAAGGCCUCCGUCUGCUUUCUUCCUGUUUUGCUCUGAACAUCGCCCAAAAAUUAAAAGCGAACACCCUGGUUUAUCCAUUGGGGAUACUGCAAAAAAAUUGGGUGAAAUGUGGUCUGAACAGUCAGCCAAAGAUAAACAACCAUAUGAACAGAAAGCAGCUAAGCUAAAGGAGAAAUACGAAAAGGAUAUUGCUGCAUAUCGUGCCAAGGGCAAAAGUGAAGCUGGAAAGAAGGGCCCUGGCAGGCCAACAGGUUCAAAGAAGAAGAAUGAACCAGAGGAUGAGGAGGAAGAGGAAGAGGAGGAAGAAGAUGAAGAUGAUGAGGAAGAGGAGGAAGAUGAAGAAUAAAUGGCUAUCCUGUAAUGAUAUAUGUGUGGAGUGUGCGUGUGUGCUCAGGCAAUUGUUUUGCUAAGAAUGUGAAUUCAAGUGCAGCUCAAUAUUAGCUUCAGUAUAAAAACUGUACAGAUUUUUGUAUAGCUGAUAAGAUUCUUUGUAGAGGAAAUACUUUUUUAAAAAUGCAGGUUGUAGCUUUUU